UGUCAUAAUGACAAUGAAUCAAAACUUGAAAAAACCAAAAUAUCAAUACUGAAACAAAAAACAGACUUCAGUAAAUAGAACCUAAUGUUUUAAAAUAAUAUGAAUUGAUGUAGUAAAAGAAUGUAUUAAAGUGAAGUUCAUUUUUGUGCGAACAUUUAAAAUGUGAAAUUUCAUCAUAACGUAACUGGAGACGAGUUAAAAUAUUUCAUAACUUAUUUGUUUACGUACAUUUCAUUGCUUAAUAAUAAUCAUGUUAAAAUGUCUCAUAUAUAUUUUUGCUCCAAUUUGUUUAUCUCUGAUAUAUUACUUCCCUUUUAUAUUAAGUCUGACGUAUAUAGCGCUUCUUAGUGCGUGUUGUAUAUCGGGUAUAUUUGUUUUAACUCUUUGGGGUCAUCUUGCGCUCUCUUCACCACACCAAACUUCUCUGUUUUUACUGGAUAACAUUGAAAAGGAAGCUCGAAUAUUGGAAACUGCUAUACGGGAGGAACAAAGUAACUGGAUUUAUUUAUCUAAAAAACCUCACUUACCUGUCAUCUUUGGGCGAACUGUGGAUAGUCAAUUACAAUUGUUAAUUGACUAUUUUCUUAGAGAUUUUGUAACACGUUGGCUGAAAGAACUCUCUUAUAAACCAGAACCAGUGAUUGAUAAGUUUAAAGAACAUAUUUGGAAUGCGAUACAAACUCUGUAUGAACGUCUUUUAAAAGUUGAUGCUGAAAAACUACUGGCUAAUGAUAUAGUCACAAAAAUAACACAGCAUUUUGAACGAAUUCGGAUAGCCAGAAGUUGCGCGUUGGAAUUAAAUCAAGCUCCUGUUUUUGCAUUAGCUUCUCACUUGAUGUCUAGUGAUACUGAAUUGCACUACUUGCGUCAGAUCAGUGAUAUGAUUGUUAUGUUUCUAAUGCCACGUUGCUAUUCAUUGUCUCCUGUCUCAUACCUUGUUAGAGAGAUAUUAGCAUGUAAAAUACUUCAGCCUGCAAUUGAUCUUAUCACCGAACCUGAUUAUAUAAAUCAAAAGAUAAUGCAAUAUCUCGAAGCACAAAAAGAAGUAGAUGCCAUGCAUAUAAGAACACAUGAAUAUGCCAAGACAUUUGAAGAUUAUAUCAGACUUAUUAACAACUGCAAUAAUGUGGACACUCUAAAACGUUUACGGUAUGAUAUUGUUACACAAAUAAUGCAAGCGACAACAUUGCAAAAUAUAAAAAGAGCGAAGGGUGUAGACGUUGAUGUCAUUGAAAAAACUGGAAACCAGCACAACGUUAGCAGACAACAAGUGACUGAUGCUAAGAAAUUGAAGAGAUACAUCGACCAACUGACUAUAGCUAAGGCUGAGUGUGAGGAGGCACUACGAAAAUUAGGCUGGGACGGAGCUUUUCCAGCUGUGGAGUCAGAUAGCAAGGCAAUGCCUCUAGAUCAAGUAAUGGAAAGCGUAACCGGUCGACGAUAUCUCUCAAUGUUCCUAGAGACACUGUGUUCACAAGGAUUGGUUGGUUUCUGGACAGCGGUGGAAGAAUUACGUCACAGCGCUAGAAGCAGCUGGCAUCAGCUCGGAGCUGAAAUAUUUUACACUUACAUAAGGUCACCUAGUGCAGAAAUUAAAGUAGACAAAGAUACUAGAAAAAGAAUGGAAGCAUUUCUACUGGGUGACAAAGGGCCAGAAGUAUUUUAUGAAGUGCAAGACUCAGUAGUAGACACAAUUCAAGAGAAGUAUUAUCAUUCGUUUUUACUAAGUGACCAGUAUAAAGCUUUCAUCGCAGAACUCGCAACUGAAGAGGCUAAUCAAGAACUGUGUUCAGAAAGGUCUCCAAUUGAAGACCGUCAGUUGUCGAACGAAUCGGUCUCGUCAGCGGAGAGCGCGGGGACCGUUCACCUCACCGAACACUCCACGUAUGCGAGGCGGAAGUUAGACCAGCUGCAAGAGAGACACAACAAUAAGACGCAGGCAUUAGCGGCUCUACGAGCGUCGCUAAAGCCAGAAUCUCCCGCACUUGCGAUGCUGGCGAACGAAGUGGAGAGGUUAGCGGGAGAGCAAAUGCGGCUGGAAGCUCAUUUGGCGAGAACUGACACCUGGGCUGAACACCUGGGCAGGUGGCGCGCCACGGUUCAUAGUGCUGAGGUUAUAGACGAGUCGAAGCCCCCGCAGUUCGUAAUAGUAGUUCAUAUGGCGGAGCAGGAACCUACGAAUGCGGACGAGAAACCGGAGCAGAUCUCGACUGGCUGGGUAUUGCUCAGGACUCUCAAUGAAUUUCAGGAAUUACAUAGAAAGUUAAGACCAAUGUGUUCAGAGCUAAAAAAUUUAGAACUGCCAUCGAAUUCUUUUAAAUUUAUAUUUGGAAAGAACGAUAAAAACUCCCUAGAUAAGGCCAAGACUCUUAUUCAAAAGUAUUUAGAAUUCGUCUUAGAGGACGAUAGGUUAAACCAAAGUGAAGCUUUAUAUACAUUCCUCAAUCCUAGUUCAGAGUACCUGAAACAAGGCGACCUACCAAAGAAGAAUAAAUUUUCGUUCUCUACAUUAUUUAAAAGUACAAGUAGUGAUGCAACAACUAGAUCGUCACAGGAUAAAGAAGCGUUUACACAUCUGUCUGCCGACGAAGAUGAAAUAUCCCAGUAUUUAGACGGAAAUGGCGGAGACGCGGCGAAUAAGAAUAUGAAUAAUUCAAUGCGUGGGACCGGCCCCAUCGGCGAAGAGCGGGACAGCAUCGCGGAGCCGCUGUACGCGCUGCUCAGCGAGGUGUUCGACAUGCGCGGGGUGUUCCGCUGGCUGCGGAAGACGCUCGUCACCUUCGUGCAGAUCACGUACGGCCGGACCAUCAACCGGCAAAUCAAGGAGACAAUAUCGUGGUUGUUCUCGGAACAAAUGCUGCAUUACUACACUAGUAUCGUGCUGAAGUCCUGGUGGCCGGGUGGAGUUCUGAGUGAAACGACAUCCAACAGAAACAUGAGAGAUAAAGAGCACACGCGCACGCUGGCGCAGGCGGCGCUGAGCGAGGGCGUGGGCGGCGCGCUGGCGUCGCUGGUGGGCGCGCACGCGGCGGCGCGCGGCGCGCACAAGCUGUUCCACACGCUGCAGGACCCCACGCACAACAAGCAGCUCUUCUACGAAAUCUUCGAGCUUGUUCUUCUAGAAGUUUUUCCGGAACUUAAACGCUAUCAAUAAAUGUAGGAAAAUUAAAAGGGUACAGUGAGGCAGAUGAUAUACGUACAGGGAAGUUCGAUAAACAAAUCUUUUUAUUUUUAUUUUUAAAAUAUUUUUCUAUAUUUUUUAAAACCAGUUACAUGACCAGUGUUACAAAUAUUUUUAUUUAGCUUUCUAAAUGUGGCAUAAUGUAAAACGUUGAUCUCAUCCUGGCUAUUACGUAGAUAUAGCACAAUACUUAGAUAUAUGAGUUCUGUGAUCGUUUUAGCUGGAAUAGCUAUAUGUGCCAAGACUCCGCUCUCUACUUAUUUUAUGACUGGGAAAAUGUUUUAUUACGUACUUUGAUAGUUUGACGUAUGACGUAUCCAACGAUAUUUUGUUAUGUGUACCUGAGACUUAAAAAAAAAAACAAAUUUGAAUGUCACUAAUGAUAUUUUUUAUCUAUAACUGCAGACAUACCCUCAUGAAAUAGAAUUUUAUAUUUGUUUGAAGCAUGUGUAGUUUAAAUUCGUAAUAUAACAUUACAAAUUUAAGCAAACUCGGCUAUUGUUGGAAAUUAAUUUAGAUUAUAUUUUGUACAACUGUACGGUUGAAGUUAUAUUUUCUAUAUAAUAUAUUAUUAUUUUUACAAUUCAGUAUUAAUAAGCAAAUGACAAAAUAAACGACUCAUUCCAUGUAAUCUUUAUAUUAUUUACAAUGCAUUUUAUAAUUGUGACGCGCAAAUAAAAAGCUUAAACUUUAUUAAGCAAAAUAUUAAAAAAAA